AUGGCACUAGGGUUUGACUCAUACCACCGCGGCCUACCGGUCCACCCGCACAUCCUCCUACCAGAAGGUUGGGUUUACCUGCCAAGUGGCCAGAGCCGUUCCAAGACUGAAGACGCCUUCCUGGACCUUCUGGACGAGCAGUGUUUCAGUGCAGCCCUCCAGCACGCCAUCAACAACCCCCCCGCCCCCCUCAGUGACUCCAUUCGCCGACCUAGCGCAGUCUUUUGGCUCAACCUCGAGCUGAACCCCAGCCUCAAGAACGACGUCGUCGCUGUCGUUCUCCCCAUAGUCGGCUGGAAGAAGACCAGCGUGGUCAGGGUGCCCGCCGGAGCUGACGGUGGGGCACCGUGCUACGUAGAGAUGCACCACUGCAUGCACUCGUGGCGCCUGACGCAAUUGUUAAACUUGCGUGUCAUCGUUGCCGUGCCCUGGCCCGAUCUCAUUCCUGACCACGGCCAAAGCAACCUGCCCAAAGGGGAAAGUUCAUUCCUGGACUUGAGCAACUACUCAAAGCGGGGAAUCGUAGUGACGGUGCUGCCCAACCUGUUUGAGGAAGCUACGCGCGACCUACUCAUAACACUGCUCAUUUCGACUUUGAAAGGAUACAGACGAGAGAGUGGCCAACCCCUGGUGAGCAUCCUUGCGCCGGACGUCGCAAGUCCCCCCCAGCCAGCCAAUGAGCUACAGUUGGCCUCGCUGCAGUUGCACGUGCCCAAGCGCCGCCCCAACACGACAGGCGGUGCGCCGACCACGUUGACUGCGAGUCAGCAGUGGAAAACAGCCUCCCCACUGCCCUCAGUGACGGCCCCCCCAACCAGCCUCACUCUGGCCACCAAUUUGGCCGAGUGCCCGUUGGUCGCCUCCUCUCAGUGGGUGAUCAAGUCCCCCUCUGUCAUGGGCAGGGUCCCUUGCGUGAAGUCACUUCGAGAGGUCGUGGUGGGAUUCAUCGGGUUGACCAAUGAUCUGACUAGGAACACAGCACUUCUCAUUAGGAAUGGUCUCUGUAUGCGUGUCGUCUACCACCAAAGACAUCCCCUGUCAUGCGUGGAGGGCAUCGACUUUGUCGCUGACAUGACCUCAUUUUUACAGCAAAGCGAUGUUGUCAUCCUAAUGGAUGACUGCAGUGACAAACGCGCGACUCUGUCGAAAGCCAUCAGGUCCCGAUCCCCAGUAAAACACAAGUCUACUAAACGCUCGCGCUAUUCCAUCCAGGACAACGAUUUCCGGCACUUCUCGGCCUCGAGCAUUUUUAUAUCAACCUCAAUGGUUGAGAGCUUUAGUUUCUCCACCCUGCUGUCGGCUCUCCGCAACCAGACCCUGGCUGGCGCCGCCUUCGUCGUCCCACUGGACGGUAGUCUGGCAGCGGAGGACCUGGAGUCGCUGUGCCAUCUGGGUAAUGUGAUUCCCGUGCUGCCACCGUCGAUAGCGGGCUGUGCUCCGCGGUUCCUGCGUCGCCAGCUGGCCGCCCUAGUUCUCCAGAACCUGUCCGAGGGUCUCGGGUUUCCGCCGCUAGUGACGCCGGAGAUAUCGCCGCCGCAGCCGCCACCGUCGUCCGUGCUGAAGUCGCCAGUGGGCAAGCCGUUCCCGCCCACUAGAGACUCCGGAGCCAGACUGAAUGGUCGCGUGCAGAACCUCGUGACGAACAUCCUCGGUGCCAUUAGAACCCAGGAGGGGAGGAUCGGGGGCAGGGGGGUCACGGCAUCCUUCACCAACUCGGAGGGCACCAGGACGAUGUCGUUUGGACGUGCGUUUGGGGUGGCGGCGGUGGCGGCGGCGCGAGAGGGUGGGGCUACGGGCAGUGCUAUUGACGCGAUGAUUCUGGCCAAAACUGUUGCAUUUGUCAAGCCAUCUGACUACCUCGUGCGGGUGAGAGACUGCCAAUUCAGGAGGCACUGGGGAUUUGUGUUUCUUCGGGGGUUAGACUAA